AUGCCUGCGCCAGAUAUUCUCGGCAUUCAAGCCUUUGACACUGGUUCAAUCUUUCAGGAGUGGUGGCAAUGGGCGCUUGUUGCUAUCAUCAGUGCCAGUGGGCUUGUGGGAGUUGUUGCGUUCCUUUGGUAUUCUUAUCGUUCCGUUCGGACGUUGUUGAAGGGGAAUAGCAACGAGCUUGGUCUACCGCGAUCGGUACAAGAACGAAUCCAUCUGCUAUCGCACAGUCCGAGUGUCGUCCGCAAAACCCAUACUCUUCCCAGAAAACCUUCGUCCUUUGGCGUAUACCUGGGCCUUCUGAACACCCCAAUCACACAAGAGGAAACGCGGAUACUGUCUCAAUGGGACGUCGUAGUGCUGGAUUAUUGCGAACCCGGGGUCUUGGAUGCUGUUGGUGAUGAUAUUGUUCCUAUGGGACCUUACAUCAUCGCGCGGCUUGACCUGGCACAGAUCAUCACGUUUGCGACGACUAGUGAGCUGGACAUGGCGCGAGCAGUAUACGUCCUUUCGUGGAAUAUCCAGCGGACUCUACGACAGCCGGACCAACAGAGAUACUUCACUGGUGUCCUUGUUUCUGGAUGGCGAGAGCGCAUUGCGGUGCCUUUACUCAACGGUUUGACCAAGCUCCUCAUUGCUUAUGGUCUAGACGUCUACUUGGAAGUGGAAGCUCCAGAAUUCCUGGAUAGCAUCGAGAAGCUGGAUGUCGGAUUAUUCGCUGGCUUCGUUGUUCGUAACGGGACGAUUAUGUUGAAUGGAGAGCGUCGAGAUUUCUUCGACAUGGACAAGAUGAAGACAACAACAAAAUCCUUUGUAUCCCAGGCCUGCCAACGGCCGUUCCUGACAAUGAUGUGGGAUACAAUCGAAGACGAUGCCAGUCUCUCACACGCCGUUGUUAGAAGAGCGCAUAUGUGGUGCAACUACCAUGGUGCCAUCCCUUAUUUCCCACGUCGACGAGCUCUAACCGCUAUGGACGCCAUCGUUCAUUGUCAAGAGCCUUUGGCAGCUUUCCAGUGGCUGAAACAACGGAAAGUGAUGGACGUUCACGAAAAAUAUCGGACCGCACGAGCACUGUCUCCUGGUUUUUCGAGCAUCAUCGACGAUUAUCUCCCAUUGCAGAAGAUCUUUCCCUUCCUCGCCGAUACGCUCGCCGGGCUCGACGGAGCAGAGUCGGACGAUGAUGACAUCUCCAGCAUAUCCACAGACAUCAUACACUACCCUGAGAUUGACGAGAACGGAGUAUUGCUCUCGCAAACAUCAACGUCGCCAACGUCGUCAGGAAUGGAAUGGACAAUCGCGAGGGAGAAGCAUGUCAGUAACCCACUAUCUUGCUCCUACAACGGAUCACCAUACGAGUCAUUGGGAUGCUUUCCAAUUGGAUUAGAUGCAUCACGAGAUGACUUCUCUCGGGUUCUCGACUCACAGCGACGUCUGCGGGAUCUGAAACUGCUCAAUCGACUCUCUGCUGCACAACUGCAUCCUAUCGCAGAAAUCCUUCAUGGCUAUUGUCACAGCAGUAGCCACUUUUUGGAAUUCCUGCCAACGUCAAGGAAUACCAUCUCACAACUCGUAGAGGCACUGGCUCGCACCAAUGACGAUAUAGAGGACAUCUAUCAGCUACAGGUAUAUUCUGCGCUUGAUUCUGGGUUCCAUACACCGAGUGGUGCUCAGUUCUGGGCAGUCUGGGAAGUGGAGCCGAGGACUCAAUCCGUCAUCAUAUAUGUGUCCAAGUCCGUCCAAGAUAUUGGCGCGGUUUUGCUCCAUACACACCUAAGCAAACUGGGUUUUUCCAGAUACCAGUGCUUCCUUGCAGAAUAUGGCCUGACGGAGUUCACUGCCGGGUCUUUUUCACCAGAACGACUACCCGAAAGGCUACAGCAAGACCUGGAUCUGCUCUCUUCUUCGGAUCUGCUUCUAUACUUGCAGCACUUGCAUUACUCAGAAUGGGAUCAGGAUUGCUCUUUGCUUUCAGCCAUCCGCGAACGUUGUGAAGAGUUGCUGAUCGAUGUACCUACGUACCACCAAUUGAAGAAGCUCAGCAACAUGGACUACAUCAGCGGCGACAUCACGGACGAACAAGUAGUCAACGCAAAACUCAAAUGGUACCGGCUGUCUCGGCUUCCCACCCUUGAUAGACGCGACGCCCUGUAUCUUUUCAGGGAAGUCGCGGACGUGCUUGACAGCAUACUGUGGUCGCGAGACUAUGAGAAGCUAGACAUCAUUACUUCUGCCAUAGUCAACAUUACCAGCAGGGGAGAUCUUGAUUCAGCUGCUGACUUCGUACUUUUCUGCAUCUUUUGCGCCGCAAGGAAGGCUGGAUUCGAAGAAUUAUACAUUGAGGUAUCGGACCGAAACCCACUCUUUAACCAGUACUCAGAUCAGAGUGCAGCAUUUGCAGAGCUGUUUGCGUUGGGGUCAAGAUGCGAGGCGUACUUUGACAUCAAGCCCAGCGACAUCGGUAUAAUGCUGUCACAGAAGCACAGGAAUUACUACAACCAGGAAGAACAUCAGCCCCCUAUGUGGCUUUUCAAUGCGCCGUCGUUUGCUUCUGCCUACGCCGCAGCUCAAACUGACAUCGACCCAGAACAGAAGCCUUCCGUAAUGCCGGCUUACCGUCGCUUCACUUUCCUUAGUGUCUUCGCAAUCCCGGCACUCGUUGACAUCGUUCUAUUAUCAACUACUGGUCAUGGGCUGUAUCUCAGUAUACGCAUGGAAGAGGAGCAGCGAUAUUAUGCUACGCUGGCGCUCAUGUGUUCAUUGCUUCUCUCUGGCGCCAUUGGAACCUGGAUCUCAAUUGGAGGCACCUACUACCUCAUCUCCAUGGCAUUCUCAGCCGCCAACAUGUUCGUGCUGACUCGUUUAGUCGGUGGUCUCGCAUUCACUCUUGCUGGUUGUCUUCUCGGCUUCAUUGUCAUCUCAGCUGCCGUAGGCCCAGGGCUUGGAGCGGUGUUUGUCUUUUACCUUUUUGGACUUACGACGUAUUUAACGGUACUUGCUGUUCUCUCCACUUAUCAGGUUCCAGGGUCCAGCUUCUUAAAUGGUCGCAAAGUCAUCAUCAUGGUAGUCCCGACCCUGACAGUCUCUCCGUUGUUGACUAUCUUUAUUCCUCACUACGACAUCUACAUUUAUCCUGGGGUCUUGUACAUAUUUGUCAGUUUACUGGUUCUUGGUACCCGUCACGUAGCGACUCAAUGGGUGACUUGGUAUCACAACAUCAAGACACUCAACGACGCUGACAUCAAGGCUUGGUACAUUGAGCGGUUGGUCAAGGAGCAGCGUUCCACAAGUGGUAUACAUUCUGGUGGUAUGUACACAGGCGAUGCCUCAAUCCCAGAAGCUAAUCCGGUGGCAGUAGAUCGAUCCAAUAAAGGACCUAGUACUGCGUCAAAUGUCCCCGACUCUGACAAACCAUCCUCGGAGAUAACUGCCAGCAAUAAAGACAUGUUCCAUGGUAUGAGUGAGCCAGCAAUCUUAGGACUUUGCCGUACAGCCUUGCACGACGCCGUCAUGAAGGAGAAGGGACGAACCAUCUGGCAAAAGCCUACGCAGGAUGUCUUUGUCAGACAACUUGCAAACUGUUGGGAUUCAACGCUUUUCUUACUGGACUGGUACGCGCGUAUCACCGACACCAAGCGACCAAUCCCGUAUAGUUCGACUUGGAAUCUCGAAACGCAGGUCGCUCUCGAAAGCAUGCAGCAGUCGCAAAAAGGUAUCCGACUUCAUAAUUCCUUUAUACAUUGGCGGACUGCUGGAGAUGAGAUCUACUGUGGUGUUCUCUACUUCCUCGUGGCACUGAUGGAUCGCUGGCUCGACAUUAUACGCGGCACCCAACAACCUGGCGGCUCAUUCGCGGGAUUACUAGGGUCCCUAGACGACAAGACACUUCGUUUAUCAGUCGGUUUUAGCCUGGCGUAUUACCUCAUUGGCGCAGUGCUACUGGAUUACAAAGCCCAACACCUCCACACAAUGUCAGAGCAAAUGUGUCCAGUCUCGAUCAAGGACGCGCACGAGAUCAAACAGGCGAAAGCCAACGAUACGAAAUUCAGGCGACAUCUAUAUCUCAACACUUUAUGCCGGUUCAUUGGGGUUCAUGUUUGGGCACUGGCGCUAUGCGCUGCUCUAGUCUGGAUCUUCAACGGCUCAGCAGAUGGCCUCAUAAUAUUUCUGAGCUACAUUGGCGCGUACAGUGGACUACUCCUCUACCAGUACAACAAGAUCUUUUCAGGUCCACACGCACUGAUGCCACUCCUAGCAGCUGUUGUUCUCGGUUUCGUGACCGGUAACAUUCUCAUCACACUGUUGCCGGGUUUUAUGUAUAACAGGGUUAUUGCUCUUGGUGUAUCUACCUGGAUGGCAGCCUUUCUCUCUUUUGGAACUGCCAAGCUAGGCAUGCCUGAGCUGCUCCACGCGCCCAUUUGGAUAUCUAGGUUCCUACUGAAGCAUGAGCAGAGCAAGCAGUCGCUGGGCUCGACCGAAAUGUCUAGCUCGAGCUGUGUCGUAUCUCAAGGCGAAGAUCAAUCUACCAUUGAUGAUAAGUACUAUGCCUACAACGGCACUGGCAGCGAUGCUGAAUUCAGUCAAAGCGAGCUUCACGCCUAUUGCAGCAAGCUGCGAGCCGCCCCAAAGGAAAACAGGUUCCGCGUAAAUGCCACAGGCCAACCUGGCGACCAGAUCUGCGCUACACUACUAUCGUGUACCCAUGAAAACCUCUCCAGGCUUGCCAUGCAAGCAUUUCCGACAAUGCCCUUUCUGGUACAGCGUAUCAUCUUGGCUUGGAAGAGCGACAAGAUCAAAAUCUUCAUUGUUCCGAUGCAGGCUGUGGCUGAAGUGGAUACCGACCUUCGGGCAAUUUCGCAAUAUGCAGGCGGACGUCUGACGCUCUAUAUAGCUUCGGACGCAAAAGGCUCCAGGCAGACAAAUGUGAGCAGUAACUGUGCAAUCAUCGCCGAGACACUGCUACACGCUUGUAUGGAGACCAUGUUCGGUAUGCCGCACUCUCAAGCCCAGCUCACAGAAUCUAUGCUUGCUUGCCGAGAGAGCGAUUGCGGCUUUCACGCCAUAUCAGAAUGUAGCAAGCGGUCAAUGCCGGAGCUGAGUGUAGGGCCUAAGGCUUUAGACUUUGAAAUCGCAUUCAAGAAAGACCUGUUGCGAAAUCUAUGCAUGGGGUUCGAUUGCGAUACCCAAUGGGACGAGCUUCCAUUACAGAUUCGUCGACUCUUCCUCCGACGAUGCGUCGGUACCCGAGCACCCUAUACAAACACGGAGAUGGCAUGGAUCAAUGCCAAUGUUCCAGCGGAAAGCUCAUGUACAAUCCUGUCGUGCAUCGCACGAUAUGAUCUUGGCGCGUACCUAGCAAUUAUCAAGCACAACUUCUUCAAAAACCGAGGCGAUCAGGCUCUCACCAAGAAAGAGUAUCGUCAAAUGACCGCAGACAUUCAGGAAGCGUAUCAUCCGGUCCUCAAUCGCUCAGCAGUCUCGAUUCUUGGCAUAUUCACCGAGUAUGUGCGUUUGCCCAUUGCUUACGUCUACCAUUCUGCCGGAACGUGGGUCAAAUUCUUCUUCCUCGCGUGCAUGGCCGAUCCUGAAUAUCAGCGUGAACUGAACGGGGCCUUGUUACGUACACCGCGUCCGAUAGCCAAACUCGCUACUUUCGUUCUGACGGGAUUAUGGAUCUACAGUCGGGCUGCGAUGUCAAUCGCUUUACCUUACUUUUUGUACCAUCGGCGCAAGGAUAUUGCAGGUCUUGCCGGCACUGUAAAAGGGAGUUUGAUCAUCCAAAAGAAAAACCGAUUGGUCGUCCGAAGCUACGGAGAUACAGAGACAGCCUUCAUUCACCCUGUCGCAGACGGUGGAGUCAAAUUGAUGUUCUAUCAGGGUGAUCUGGAGCUGGAACCAACAUGGGGUCAUCUCCGAGUUACAUACUACGACGAAGAGAUGCGCAUCACAUUACGCGAGGAGUACAAGAAUGGUACGGUGGCUGACGAGUUCGUGUACGAGUAUGCAUCGAAGCAGCCGCAGCGUAAGAGGAAGAUCUCGAAGGUCAAGACAAGCAGGGUACCGUUGAGCAGAAUCUGCCGCAGUGGCCAGAACGAAGGCGCCAAGGUCACAUACAACCGCAAGGGCCACAUCGAGUCCGGAAGCUAUAUCAGCCAUGAAAACCUGGUCCGCUUCAAAUACCAUUAUCGAAAGAACGCCAAGUAUGAUGACGAACUUCUUCGCGCCGAGUUCGUGCUUCCACACAUGUCAGCUAACGUCAGCUGGUGUGCACCUCCUGUUCGCCAUGUCGAGAAGAUGGAGCGCUGGAUACCCACUCCUCGCGUCCAUGAAGCAACUUUUGUUCAGGGAGCCGACGUGUACGAAUGUUCAUGGCUUUAUGAUCACAAGUUCCAUCCCACCAUCACCACUAAGCUUAAUGGUGUGCCAGUCGAUACCCCAGAUAUGAUACGUUACGAUUGGCUCGGCGUACUGAAGAAGCCAACCCGGUGUACAUUUGCCGAUGAAAACCCUUUGCUUGCAUUCAAGUCUCCAACUGCAACCUUUUUAAGCCGACUGCUUCGAACAAACAUCAAACAACAAGAGAUCUCCACAUCUAGAGCUCGAUCACAACUCUGGAAAGCUUGGAAAAAGCGGAAUGAUCUGGACGGUGUUGUCAUUCGUUGGGUUGACGAGGAGCUGAUUCGAAGAGAGGCUCUCCUGCGGCCAUACUGGAGACGAAGAGAUCGCGGUAGUCUCGUAAAGGCUGAAGACUAUCUGGCCUUGCAUGCAGACGCCAUCAUGGCCAGUUCAGAUCUGACAAGCGACAUUAGCGCAUGGACGCUUCUUGCCAUACGAAUGAGCGACUUGUUCAGUUUUGGUCAGGGUGGAGAUGCCGUCAUUUUCACUAGAACUAAAGCAUUACAGCGUGAUACUGACCGAAACCUGCAUGUCAUCGCUGUCGAUACUGGUACAUGGCCAAAUGAAGGUGGCGGUGUCUCGGCAUGUCGGCGAGAUCUCAUCAACAACUUGCGCACGAUCAAAUGGCACAUGGUGGUUGAAUCAGCCAAUGACUUUGGUUUGCCAAAGCACCAGACCGAAGAGAACGUCGAGUCGCUAAAGGUCAUCCCGUUAUGGGGACUGGAUUUUAUGCAUCCAAACCACGGAAUGUUUACCAACAAGCUAGAUAGUGAGGUCGAUCAUUUGGUCAAAGCAGCUACGAUAUCGGAUAUCGAAACGAACUUCAUUCCUACCUUGACCGCCCUCGUCCGCGGCGCACGUGCUACAACAAUGACAUCAGCAGAUGUCAAGCAAGCCACGCGUGCUUUGGUCAACUUGAAUACUUACUUCCAAGACUCGCGUCACUGGAAAGAAGUGUGGACGAGCGACAUAGUCAAAGAUGCUUGGCGAAACCUGUGGCUUGCUGAUGAUAUGCCAAACGCACAGUCGCCUUCAGAAUGGUUCCGUACAGAACUUCCAACGCUUGGACAUUUCGAUACGGCGUUAGAGCUGUGGUUUCGAUAUCUAUUCAUAUUCUCCAUCCCCAUCCCCGAGAAGAUUCCGCAUGUGUUCCAAGCCUCGCAUCAUAGCGUCUCAGCCUCAUAUGGAAUCGUCUGCAAACUCAAGCGAAACUGCACACUCCAGAUCUGGGAUCAUGCAAUCUCUUGGCGCGAGACCAACCUGUAUCUCUCGUCCGCGAUGUGCACUUUGCCGCCGUUCAUCCGAAACUCGCUGUUGGGUCUGAUGAAGCUGACGUCUUGCCUUAUCCUACAUCAUGCUGACCAGAUCCUUCCCUGCGCAGACUUCUUCAAUCCCGGCUGGGAAGUGGAGAUCGGCAGCGCAAAGGGUCAACUUACACAUCGCAACGUAUUCCGCCGAAAGGUCGAUCCCAUCGUCAAUGGUAUCACCGACAUGACGAAGUUCUCCCCGGUAACUGAGAUCAAAACGAAGACGCCGACCGUGACUAUGCUCUCUCACGUUUGGUUUGCCAAAGAUAUCAAGACCGCUCUACUUGCGGCGGACAUCAUCACCAAUGAGUGGGGUUUCAAGGACUACAAACUCGAUAUCUAUGGAACUCUCAACAAAUCGCCUGUCUACUCCUCUGAAUGCCAAGAAAUCUUGGCUUGCAAAGGUCUCGGACAGAACGUGGCACUGCGCGGUACGGCAGACCCGGCAAUGGUCCUCGCGAACACUUGGCUGUUCCUCAACUCCUCCGUCUCGGAAGGGUUGCCGCUUGCACUUGGAGAAGCGGCACUGACUGGAGCACCAGUUGUCUGCACUGAUGUUGGUGCAUCGCUACGCGUGCUCACUGAUCCUGAUGAUGGCAAACGAUAUAGUGAAGUUGUGGCACCCAACGAUGCAUACGGUAUGGCACGCGCACAGAUUAACUUGCUGGCCAUGCUGGACGAGUGGGCACAGUACGCUGGCGAUGGUCCUGGAACAGCGGCGCCAAUCUUGCCUCACAAACCAACGCCCGAGGACGUAGAAAUCAUCACGCGCCGUAUGUACGAGAAGUCUGAACAUCGACGGAAACUAGGAAUGAUGGCGCGCGAUAUCGUCCAGAAGUCUUUUGGUGGAGAGCGUUACCUGCGCGAGCACGAGCAAAUGCUCUGGAUUGGUAAGGCCUGCUACGAAAUGCUUGAUCUAGAGAAGCGGACACCACCACCAAGAAACCCGGCGCGCAUGUUAUCACUUCGUCGUAAUCUACCUCGGCAGCAACAGCAGCGCGACACUGCAUCAAGUCACAUGUUCGACCCGCAAAUGGAGAAGAUGAUGCACCCGCGCCCCUAUGCGCCGAGGCGGACAUCAGCAACAACGUCGUUCUCCUCGGUGUACAUUGACGAGCCAUCAGGCUCUUCGUCAACCUACUCCGACCCCAUCUGGGAACACGAAGAAUGGAAUGUGCGUCACGAGUCGCCUGAAUCUUCGGUCAAGUACGAAAACUCUGAUACCGACGACUGGCCAAUACCCGCAAUCACUCGUCCGACAAGAUCCUACUCGGGCACCAACAAUAUGAGGGCGGUGUCACCUUCUGCGAGAGGAAAGCGGCCCGCUCGAUACUCGUAUUACGGGCAUGAAAGCAAUCGAGUCUUCAAGCCUGCCUCGGCGAAUGCCAUGAUGGAUUCAAGAAAAGCAGUGCUUAUGCGUCAGAGUUUGGUCUCGCCAGAUAGUGCGAGGAGUAGUGUGAGGAUAAGGAGUCAUUUGAAUGAGGUGGAGCUUGCUGAAUAUGGAAACGUUGAUGGGCGGCUGUGA